AUGCCAACCAGAUUAACCAAAACCAGAAAACACAGAGGUAACGUCUCAGCCGGUAAGGGUAGAAUCGGUAAACACAGAAAGAAUCCUGGUGGUCGUGGUAGAGCUGGUGGUCAACAUCACCACAGAACCAACUUGGAUAAAUACCAUCCAGGUUACUUCGGUAAAGUUGGUAUGAGAUACUUCCACAAACAAGGUAACCACUUCUGGAGACCAGAAUUAAACUUGGAAAAAUUAUGGACUUUAGUUGAUGAAGAUAAAAAAGAAGAAUACUUAAAAUCUGCUUCUAAAUCUGCUGCUCCAGUUAUUGAUACUUUAGCUCACGGUUACGGUAAAGUUUUAGGUAAAGGUAGAUUACCACAAGUUCCAGUCAUUGUCAAAGCUAGAUUUGUUUCCAAAUUAGCUGAAGAAAAAAUUAGAGCUGCUGGUGGUGUCGUUGAAUUAGUUGCCUAAACUUAAAAGGGUC